AUGUUUUAUCUCUGUGUUUGGACGAGAGUACAAAUUAAUCUAAAUGUGCCGGUAGGUGCCCAGAGUCCUUUGUUUUUUAUCGGCGGUGUUCCUAGAAGUGGGACGACUUUGUUACGAGUCAUGCUCGACUCGCAUCCAGACAUACGCAUUGGACCGGAGACGCAUAUCAUACCACAAUUCUUACGACAACGUGAAGCAUGGGAAUGCUCACCCGAUUACUUAGAACAAUUAGCUGAAGCGGGAAUUUCGACCUCCGUCAUGGAUUCUGCUGUACAAAAGUUCAUUUUGGAGAUAAUGACGUCACAUGGUUACCCCGCCAAAUAUAUAGGAGAUAAAGAUCCGUUAAAUUUGAAAUAUAUGGUAUAUCUUAAACAUUUAUUCCCUAAUUCUAAGUUUAUUCUUAUGUUACGUGACGGUCGGGCAGUGGUGCAUUCCCUGAUGACCCGUGGGGUGACAGUGAGGGGUUUUAACAUCCAUAAUCAAACAGACUGCCUGAUCAACUGGAAUAAACUUGUGGGUGAAAUGUACGCGCAAUGUGUGAGAUUGGGACCCGAGAUCUGUUUACCAGUGUAUUAUGAACAAUUGAUUCUCUAUCCAGAAUGGUGGAUGAGGGUCAUUCUCAACUUCCUGGGAGUUCCCUGGAGUUCCAACGUCUUGCAACACGACAAGAUUGUGAAUACAGCAAGGGGAGCAACUCUGUCCAAGUUUGAAAAAUCGACGGAUCAAGUGCUUCAGCCCCUCCAACAACAUUCAUUAUGGAACUGGUCUAAAAAUUUUACUCGAAUGUCACCCACGAAGCUCAGAACACUUGCUCCAAUGUUAGACACCCUGGGCUAUGACGUCAUGUCCUCUCCACCAGUAUAUGCAGCCAUGUCUCCUGAUGUCAAAAAUAACAUUCUACAUUUAACAGAAAAUAAGUAUUUUUAUAGAAAAAGAAUCAAAAGUGUUUUUGAUAAGUUGCCUUACAGUGCGUCACUUCCGGUUGUUAAUUUUCUGUGA